AACAGACUUCCGGUUAUUCCAAAAUGCUCUAGGAAAAUGGCAACAAGUCAGCAGCCUUUUGAGGAAUGGCUUUGUGCCAAACUCUUAUCACUGGACCCAGAAAUUGAUACUGAUGUAUUUGUUAUGUACAUUAACGGAAUUUUGGAUACAGACGAUCCUUCCGAUGAAAAGAAAGAAUCAAUGUCAGAAAUUUUAUCAGAAGUGUUUCCAGAUAACUUUUCUGAUGUUUGUGCUGAAGUUUACAAUAAAUAUGAAGAAAUAAAUGGUUUAGCUGCAUCAAAAGAUGAUUCAGAUUCAGAGAAUUUGGCAAAACAGUUAUCCAACAUGUUAGAAAACCAAAAAAUAGAAUCAGUUAAACCUAAAGAAAAUCUGAGUAAGGAAGAGAAAGAAAGAAAGGCCGCCAUUUUAGCACAAUACGGCCACGUGUCAGAUGAAGAAGAUGAUGACAGACCAGAUGAUCCAGGUGGAGAUAGUCAAGACAGUUCUUUGUUACAGAAAAACGUCAAUGCUGAAAGUGUAGCUAAUCUAGAGAAAGAAAAAAGAGAAAAAUCUAAGAUUGAAUCUGACAAAAAGAAAGAAAAAGAUAAAACGGACAGAGAAGCCCAGAAACAAAAACAGACAGACAGAAAAGAAAGCGAAAAGAAAAGAACACAGAAAGGAGAAAGACGAAGAUAGCAUUCUAGUGUAAUUUUAGAAUUUAAUGAAUUAGCUAUAAAAAAAAAUUGUUAUUGUUAAGGAGCUAGUGUUGAUGAAAAAAUAUUGUGUUUUUGGUAACAAAUAUGAAAAUGGUAUGGGGUGGUUGCUUGAAUCUUUUUUAAUUAUUGUUAAUUAUGCCUUUUAACAUUUAAAAGUAUGUGUAUCAUUAUAUUUAUGAGAAAACUAAAAAUCAUGUAGCUAAUUUGUUAUGAUAUAAAAUUAGAAAUGGCAAAUCAUGCUUUGUGAGAUGUGUCUAAUUUUGAAUGUACAUGUACAUUAUUGUAAUGAUUGUAGUGUCAUUUUUAUGAGAAUCUGGAAUAUAAUUAAAAUCUUACAAUUUGUAAGGGGUUUAAAUUGGCAUGUUUAAGGCUGAAACCUCCUGGUACCCUUAUAAAAAAAUCCCUGGAUCUGAGGCUGAUACAUUUGAUUUGUGUUUGUUUUUUUAUUGAACACUAAGUUUGUAGACUUGAUAUUUUGGAACUUUUAGCAAGACUAUAUGUAAUUAGAAAACCACAGGGUCGAUUAUACAAUAUUAUAUUCUUGUAAUUCUUUGUAUUAAAGAUUGAUGAACUUGUGAUUAAUAAUUAAUCUGUGCAAUUUAAUACUAAAACUUGGUAUCACUGCAAUGUUUUUUCUGAUUAUUUGUGAAAUUUAUUUUUUCAUAUCAUACUAUGUAUACAGCUUACAUGGCCUUUGUCUCCAAUUUUAAAAAGGAGAAA